AUGGCGUUCUGUCCAUCGGUUACCAUGUCGCUGAGGGUGGCGCUGGUGGUGGCCGCCAGUCUUCUGGUGGUGGUGCAGGCCUCGCAAGAUGUCAUGAAGAACUUGGCCAUCAAUUUCGCGAAACCUUUGGAUGAUUGUAAGAAGGAGAUGGACCUGCCGGACUCUGUGACGACGGACUUCUACAACUUCUGGAAGGAAGGCUACGAGCUGACGAACAGACAGACCGGCUGUGCUAUCCUCUGCCUCUCCUCCAAGUUGGAGAUUCUCGACCAGGAACUGAACCUACAUCACGGCAGGGCCCAGGAAUUUGCCAUGAAACACGGCGCUGACGAGGCCAUGGCGAAGCAGAUAGUGGACAUGAUCCACACGUGCGCACAGUCUACUCCCGAUGUGGCAGCGGAUCCUUGCAUGAAGACCCUGAAUGUAGCCAAGUGCUUCAAGCUGAAGGUACACGAGCUCAACUGGGCUCCCAGCGUGGAACUCAUCGUGGGAGAGGUGCUUGCUGAAGUAUAA